AUGAGGGCCGUGAAAUACGUGCGUGAGGAGCAGCUGUUAGGGGCUGCAAGAGGACCUGAGAUCGGAUAUGGCCUGUUUGAAGUGAGGAUGGACGCGGUGGAGCUGGACAGGCUUCAGGAGGAGCUCGAGGAGCGCACGCAGGCGUUGGAGAGUUUGAAAGAGCAACAGGAUGAUCUGCGUCGGAACUUUGAGAAAACACUGGCCUCUCAAAGGAGUUACGACGUAUUUCUCAAGAGUGAAGAGAAUAAUAAAGCUGCUCAGAAGGCAGAGAGGGAGAGAGAGGAGGUGCUUCAGAGGGAGGUGGAGAUGAAGAGGCUGCAGAAGGAAUAUUCUGAGAUGAUGGAGAAGAAACAGGAGAUGCUGCGCCAGGUGCAGAGAUAUUCAAUAUACAAGGACUUCAUGGAUGAUGUGUGCAGAAUAACCAAGUUCAAAGACGCAGACGUGCUCAUGGAGCACGUGGACAGGCUGCUCCAUGUCAAACAGCAACUCUGGGAGAAAGCCAGUGAAACACAGGAGAAGGUCGACCAGCAGAGAAAAGCAGCCGCGGUGCUGGAGGACCAGCGUAAUUCGUUCAUUCUUCAGAAGAAGAAUGAGCUGUCCCAGCUCCAGCGCCAGCUUGAGAAGACCUGCUCUGAAGCUCUGAAAUGGGAGAAGAAGUGGAACCACAUUAAGGAAACAGCAGCAAAGAAGACACUCACGCUGGGCCAGAUCAAGAUGGCGACGCUCAACCUGUAUGAGAUGAUGGGUGCUGUGAUUGGAGAGGAAGGUGUCGACAUGAAUCACACAGAGAGACAGCUGGAUCAAAUCAAGAUGUAUUUGGAGGACCACAUUGACAUAAUGCAACAAUAUGGUGUACGAAGAUCAAGCAACGAAAAGAAGGGAGACAAAGCCUCCAAAAAGUCUGUUAAGUGA